CACUAUUGCCCAACUGUUUUCCUCUUCACUGUCAACGCAGACUUCCACAAUGGCUGGUGUGGCAUCUACGUUGGCCAAGAAGAGGGCAUUGGCCGCUGGGUUUGGCACUAAUGCCAACGCGUCAAAGUACCUAAACCAAGACUUCCAAUCUCUCAGGAGCGAGUGUCUGAGAAAAGGUUCAAUAUUUACCGAUUGCACUUUUCCAGCUGCACCUGAGUCGCUCGGAUUCAAAGAGCUUGGCCCGAAUACUUCCAAAACCAGAGGUGUGCAAUGGAAGCGACCUGGGGAACUGGUGUCCAACCCAGAAUUCAUCGUUGGUGGAGCCACGAGAACCGACAUCUGCCAAGGAGGUCUGGGUGACUGCUGGCUCCUGGCAGCCAUCGCCUCUCUGACCCUGAAUGAAGAUGUGAUGGCCCGGGUCGUUCCUGAAGGACAAGGAUUUGGACGUGGAGAGUACGCUGGGAUCUUUCACUUCCAGUUCUGGCAGUUUGGUGAGUGGGUGGACGUGGUGAUUGACGACCGGCUGCCAACGAAGGAUGGAAAGCUGCUGUUUGUUCACUCAGCCGAGGGCUCUGAGUUCUGGAGCGCCCUGCUGGAGAAGGCCUACGCCAAGGUGAAUGGAUGCUAUGAGGCUCUUUCAGGUGGCUCCACCACUGAGGGCUUUGAGGACUUCACAGGAGGGAUAGCAGAGAACUAUGACCUGAAGAAGGCUCCCUCCGACCUGUUCCAGAUCAUCAGGAAAGCCCUGGCCUCUGGAGCUCUGCUGGGCUGCUCCAUCGACAUCACCAGUCAAGCAGACUCAGAGGCUGUCACCUAUCAGAAGCUGGUGAAAGGACACGCCUACUCUCUGACCGGGGCUAUGGAGGUGAACUACCGUGGCCGCAAGGAGAAGCUGGUCAGAGUGCGUAACCCCUGGGGAACAGUGGAGUGGACUGGGGCCUGGAGUGACAACUCCUCGGAGUGGAACAGCGUUGAUUUUUCUGAGCGUGACGUUGUGAAAGCAGACGAUGGAGAGUUCUGGAUGUCGUACACGGACUUCAUGAAGAAUUACCAUCGUCUGGAGAUCUGCACUCUGACCCCUGACACCCUGACCUCCGAUGAUACAAAACAAUGGAGUGUGACCAACUACGACGGGGCCUGGAGGAAAGGAUCGACCGCAGGAGGAUGCAGGAAUAAUGCCCACACGUUCUGGAUGAAUCCCCAGUUCAAGAUCAAUCUGGAGGAAGAGGAUGACGACCCGGGGGAUAAUGAGGUGGGCUGUAGCUUCGUGGUGGGACUCAUCCAGAAGAACAGAAGACGGAUGAGGAAAGUAGGAGAGGACAUGCACACCAUCGGAUUCGCCAUCUAUGAGGUACCACAACAGUUCCACGGCCAGAGGGAGGUCCACCUGGAUAAGAACUAUUUCCUGACCCAUGCCCAGAAGGCCCGCUCUGAGACCUUCGUCAACCUGAGAGAGGUCAGCACCCGCUUCAAACUGCCCCCUGGAGAGUACCUCAUCGUCCCCUCCACCUUCGAGGCCGACCUGAACGGGGACUUCUGCCUACGAGUGUUCUCAGAGAAACAGGCCCAAUUUCACCACUGCGAAGACCGUGUAGAGGCUAAACUAGACAAUGACACUGUGUCUGAAGCAGAGGUUGAUGCUGGGUUCAGAGGUCUGUUCGCAAAGCUAGCUGGAAAAGACAUGGAGAUUUCAGCAGCUGAGCUCCAGUCGAUUCUCAACAAAAUCAUCGCUAAACGAACGGACAUAAAGACGGACGGCUUCAGCCUGGAAACAGCCAGAGUCAUGGUCAACCUCAUGGACGACAACGGUAACGGACAACUGGGGCUGGGAGAAUUUGCGACACUGUGGAAGAAGAUCCAGAAAUACUUGUCCAUUUAUAAGAAGAAUGACAUGGAUAGCUCUGGCACCAUGAGUACCCCUGAAAUGAGGAUGGCCUUGAAGGAUGCAGGUUUCAGUCUGAACAACGCCAUCCACCAGAUUCUGGUUGUUCGGUAUGGAGAGGCUGACAUGACCAUCGACUUUGAUAACUUUGUCGCCUGCAUCAUGCGGUUGGAGAUGAUGUUCAAAGUCUUCAUGAAGAUUGACAUGGCUAAUACUGGCUCUAUUGAAUUGGAUAUCCAUCAGUGGUUGUCAUUUACCAUGAUCUAGAACACUGCAGACAUAAAAAGACGUCUGUAAAUCUGUCAACUUUAUGUGCCACAAUUUUUUUUUUUUUUUUUUACAAAACUUGAAGCCAGGAGCGCAAGAGAGCUCUCUGCAAAUCAUUAAACCAAAGUGCCUUUUUAUAGACGUUUU